UUCUAUAAAAACGUUAUACAACAUUGUCUAUCUCACAUCGUUUUCUUCACCAACUCUUUCUAAGUCCACAAAGUUAUCGAGAAAAAACAGAGUCUUUCUAUGAUGAUGGGAAAAUUUUCGUCUAAGUCUGCUUUCAUCAUCCUUUUAGCUUUUACUGUGAUGAUAUUCGUGACAGUUCAGAUUGCUGAGGCGAAACGUCUCUUACCUGAAGAAACUUCUCUCCAUCCUGAAGCUUCACUAACGGUUAAGCAAAAUGGGUUUGGUUUUUGUACGCCACCAUGCAAAGAAUUAUGUUUUGGUACAGGCUGUUAUUGCGUUUGUCCUCCACCUAUAAAAACAUGAAUUAUAAUCGCAAGUAAUAAAAAGUACUACUAGUGUUUAAUA